AAAAAAUCUACAUUUGACGUUCAUUUGACAAAAACUGGAUCCCUUCUAUACCCAUCCAGCCACCUGGUUCCCAUCGUUACCGGUAAGAAGGUAAACAAAAGGAAGAGGGAACAUGGCGGCACUGGAUGCAGCUCCCCUGCGGUGCGUUGCCUUUGGCAGCUGCCAGGAACGGAAGUUGUUUCCGACCCACUGUGCACCUAAUCGGCUGGGCAAUAAGCUGUCACUUGAGGGAGCCCCACACCGUGGCCCCGGCUGCUAUGACAAUCAUGUUGGUACUAUUUUGUAUGAUGUACAGAAGAGACCUGAGAGUAAGAAAGGAUACACUCUUGCUGCAAGGACGUCUGCACGGUUUCUGCCCUGUGCUCAGACAAUCACUCCUUCCCCUCAGAGGUAUCAGCAGGACAGAACCUGGUCUAAAGUAUACCCUCCUAGCAGAAUCCCCUUCAGCUCCACCACAAAGAGGUUCAGGACCAAGCCUGUUACAGCUGACUUCAAACCAGGCCCAGGGACAUAUGCUCAUGAUACUACUCUGAACCGGAAGGUGUCAUGGCCUAUGAAAUUUGGUUCCCCAGACUGGGGUAGACUGCCCACAUUAGAGAGGAAAGCCUUGAGGACAGAGCUGCUUUGUGACAAGGAGUUUGCGAAGCAAAGGAGUCGAGUGGCAUAUCUACAGUUGUUCUACUCUUGACUCUUCUGGAGGUCAAUCAGAUGUAAGCAUAAAUAAAGUGAUUUUUAUUUCUCAGCUUCAA